AUGGCUGCCCUGCGCAGGCUGAUCCCUCUGCUCACUAACAGCUUAAGAGCAGGCGCGUCCACGGCUCGGAGACAUCAGACAUCCUCGCGGGCGGCUAAAGCGCUCGCGGCCGGAGCCUGCGUCACCGUCGCGGCCGGAGCUGCUUAUUACUACCGCCGCUCGGCCGCCGGCAGACGCUCCGGGCUGAAGAACCAUGUCGAGGCUCGGCUCUUCCAUCUGGCGCUGCCGUCGGUCUCUGCCACCGAGCAGGCCCGGACCUAUGGUCUGGAUGAUGGAGAUGUGUACAUGUCGUCCUAUGAAAACAGAUUCCGCCUCUUCAGUUCGGUGGAGCACGAGGGCCAGCUCUACAUGACGCCCCUCAGCUUCAUAGAGUCCGUCACUUUGAAUGAACCCAAGAGUAGGAGAGCAUGGAAGUCCCUCUCAAAAAAGGACUUAGACAAGAUGCUGGCUGAUACCCCGCCUGUUUGGAAAGGAUCAUCUAAUAUGUUCAGGAAUCUUCGUGAACGAGGUGUCAUCAGCUACACAGAGUAUCUCUUCCUGCUCUGCAUUUUAACAAAGCCCCACGCAGGCUUCAGGAUUGCUUUCAACAUGAUUGAUGCAGAUGGGAACGAAAUGGUGGACAAAAGGGAGUUCUUGGUGCUAGAGGACAUUUUCCGUAAGAAAAAGGACAGAAAGGAAGUUGCCGAAGACACGCAAAGAUUCGACCUGCAGAGCCUGCAGCUGUACGGUCAACGCUCAUCCCAGCCGCACAGUGUUCUUGAAAAAGACAGUCAGCAUGUGGAGGCCCGGGGCAUGUGGGAUGUUCUCAGACGUGGCACAAGUCAAGUUCUGUUUUCUGAUCUCACAGAGCUGGUGGAUGAAAAGACAGAGACAACGCUGCUGGUGCAUUUCUUUGGGAAAAAAGGCAAAGCUGAACUGAAGUUUGAAGAUUUUUACGAGUUCAUGGACAACCUGCAGACAGAGGUGCUCGAGAUAGAGUUCCUCUCCUACUCCAAAGGCCUGCCCACCAUCAGCGAGGAAGACUUUGCUCGGAUCCUCCUUCGCUUCACCAACGUGGAUGACGUCAGCGAGUAUUUGGAGAACCUGCGCCACGGCUUGCCGGACGAAAAGGGAAUCACCUUUGAGGAGUUCAGGUCCUUCUUCCAGUUCCUAAACAACCUGGAGGAUUUUGCCAUCGCCAUGCAAAUGUACAACUUCGCAAACCGCUCCGUUGGUCAAGAGGAGUUUACCCGCGCCGUCUACGUGGCCACGGGCAUCAAGCUGAGCCGCCACUUGGUCAACACGGUCUUCAAGAUCUUCGACGAGGACCGCGACGACAAACUCAGCCACAAGGAGUUCAUCGGCGUCAUGAAGGAUCGGCUGCACCGCCGCGGCGGGGGCCUCAGAGUGGAGGAGAAGUUCACCUCUUUCAAGUCCUGCAUGAGGAAGCAGCUCUCAGGCAAAUAGGUGGAAAUCCCAUCAUCAGCGCAUGUCUUAACUGGACGAGCGGUGCCUCCUCUCUGCUCUCUACCAGGGACACAAGGGUUAAUGCAUGCUUUCGCAUCUAAUUGCACUAUGAUAUAAGCUUUUAAGUAAACAGGAUGUGGCCCUAACAGGAAGUGGUCAGCCUAAUGGGAAGCUGUUGCUAGUGGUCAAACAAACAAGAAUGACCCAUUAUGAACCAAAAUCCACUUAACAGUGUUGCAGGGGUUUAAAUUGAAGUAAUCAGUUUGUCUAAGCGCUUUUGCUUGCUCAGAAGAUAUUUAACUAUUUAUUGAUUGUAAAUAUAUUGAUCAGGUUAAGAUUUUUAACACUGAUUUUAUUUAUUUGUCAAAAAGUCCAAUGUUGUCUUAUUCCUGCUCUGCCAGUGUGUGUUGUCCAUUCAGAUUCUCCUUUUGUCCCGAGCUCCAUUCUGUACAGUGGCGGCAGCAUUGCUCACAUUCUUCGCCCUCCCACCAGCUCUGCAGCCCCCUGCACAGAUCAGCUCAGGACAGCACCUCCCCUCCUCCCUGUCCUCCCCCUUCCUCCCAUUUCCUCAAAGCGCUGCAGCUAAAAUCCUCGAGGAUCCCCCAGAGCCAGCAGGCCUGAACAAACUGAUUCAGUCUGUGGCUUUUCCACUGUUUAACUACAGGCAGCUAAUCAUUUCUCAGCUGGUAAAAGAGGAGUGCUAUUUUCAUGCCACUGGCAGGGAUGACCUCUAUAUAAAUAAAUGUGGAAAAUAAUGAAGCCAUGUGUUUGUUCCACUCUGGGGACACUCAGUUUAAAUUAGUUUUGGUGCAAUACAUUAAAAUUACCUUCUCUUUAUGCUCUUUAAGGAAGAGUUUACACUUCAUCUUCUUAGUGGAGAUUCUUACUGCUACAGUACAGUGCAGUAUGUGGUUGGUUCCUGGUGUAAUGUUUGCUUUGGGUGGAGCUUUGUACUGAAAAAAGAUAUCAAGGUGUUACAUUCUGUAAUGUUAACCAGAUUAGUUAGUCUACCUCUUGAAGAGUUUUUGGAAACUUCUAGCCGCGUGUCAUCCUUUAAAA